AUAACAUAAAAAACAACGUUUGAAUUAACCUAAUCCUAUCAAGACAAUGCAACAAGCUGCCAGGCAGAAUAUAUGUGAGCGAAAAGUCUAGCGUUCAGAAAAACACUUUGCCUGCUGUUUCACAAAAAUGCAUAUAUUACAGAAUAAUUAUGAACACCGGCCUGUGUAUAUAUAGGCAGCGGACUUGUAUCCCGUUUUUUCCAAUAACAGAACAGUCAUAAAAUGUUGUUACCGAUUGUAGCUAGAAAGAUCGGCGAAUCUCUCAGUUCGGAAGGUGCCUUCAGAAUGGUGAACAUGGGAUCUCUGCUACACGAGUGCAAAUAAACAGGAACUCGAAAUAAAUCUAGGAUAAGACGAUUUCUGAAAUGAAAAUUGUGGAAUUGAGGAGGAUGAUCCCCGGAGAGGAACUUGCAGGAUAAAACGAUUGAGCGUGAGAAAUGUACAGACAGCAACUCUAAUUGGUUUUAUUCACCAAUUAAUGUAAAAACUAUCAAUCAAUAGAAAAAUCGGGCGAGAGUCUGCUCUGAUUUAUCAUGAGAUUCCAGGAAGCGGGCAUGAAUAUUACGUGGACUUAAAACAGCAGUUUUGCAAGAAGAUGGCGACGGGGACAUCAAGCAUUGAGGUAUGCCGGGAAAAGCUGCUAAUGGCGUCUUUGAAGGCUCCUUCUCAACAGCACAUUAACGCCAACCUCUUGGUGUCUCUACCGGACUUUGACAAAAGCCGACGGAGAAGUACCAUACAUUCCUAUACACUUUCCAAUUAUCACACUCUUCCCCAAGACCCCGAUACCCUCCAAACGGUACGGGAGAUGAGCCAGGGAAAAGCACUCAAGAACGUUAUAGUUUUAGGAUUAGCGUUCAUGUUUAUUUUUACAGCAUUUGUUUCCUUGCAAGGUCUUCAAAGUUCUCUCCAUAUCAAAGACGGUGUCGGUGUGUUUUCACUCUCUAGUAUAUACGUAGGAACCAUAAUUUCCUGUUUCUUCGCCCCGUGGAUUAUACAACGCUUCACCACAAAAUGGACUAUGGUAAUAACUUUCGUGUUCUUUACGGGUUAUUUUGCCGGAAAUUUCCAUCCCGAACAUUAUAUGCUCAUUCCCCUAGGCGCUCUCCUGGGUCUGCUGGCGGGUCCACUGUUCGGAGCUCAAGCUACCUCUAUCACAACUAUAGCAUUGGCCUAUGCUGAACAUUCUCAUAUGCCAGACCAAGAUCACGUCAUAAAUAAAUUCAUGGGUAUUUUUUGCGGACUUUAUCGAACCAGCAAUAUAUGGGGAAAUCUUAUUACAACACUCGUCAUCCACAAAAAUAAUUCAGAAAUGGAGGGUAUCCUCCAUAAUCAUUCCAACCGAUCUUGUGGUUCAAGAUACUGUCUCAAAGAUGACAUCAUGGACGAUCUAUCUGAGGACCUGCUCGUAACGAUAGACAGCAACACAAAGAUCAUGCUGUUGAGCAUUUACAUGGGCUGUGGGGUAAUGGGUAUCGUCACACUCAUCUCGCUGUUUGACCAGCAUAAACGGAGAAAGAAAACCCAUCCUUGUAAUGACGAUGAAUUGACGUCAUCAGAGAUAUUCUUAUCCACAUUAAAAAUGUUCAGGGAUUCCAAAUGCCAGCUGCUAAUUCUUAUUGUGGUGUUUGUUGGCUUGGAGCAGGGAUUCAUGUUCAGCGAUUUCACCCAGGCCUACAUAGCCUGCACUUUGGGCGUGUCCCAGAUCGGGCCGGUCAUGAUGUGCUUUGGCGCCGUGAGCUCCACCAGCUGUAUCCUGAUCGGAGUCUGCGCCAGUCGCCAUAUCAAGAGGUUCGCCUUCAUUACGGCUGGUGCCACCUUUAAUAUCGGUCUCCUGAUUGUCCUGUGGCUAUGGAAACCAACGCAGGAUGACAUACCAAACUUCUUUGUUGUGGCUGGAUGUCUUGGCCUCUGUGACGCCAUUUGGCAGACUCAAACCUACACACUCUUUGGUGUUCUUUUCAUCGACAAACAGGAAGCUGCCUUUUCCUGUUACCGGAUGCUGUACGCCACGGGAUGCGCAAUAGCUUUUGGAUACAGUUACUUCCUCUGCGUUCAAACCAAGGUUAUCGUACUAGCGGGUGUAUUGGUGUUAGCGCUGGUCAUGUAUUGUGUGAUUGAGAUGAAGGUACAGCUACAGAGUCAACACAUCAGGGACAUUGUGGCUCUCUGAACUGAGUCAGAAUAUCAGAGACAUCGUAGUAUUAUGAACCUCUGAACAGUUUCAAAUGAUCAAGGCUACUGUAGUCCUCUGCGCAGAUUCAACUGACCAUGGACACGGUGGCCCUCAGCAGAUUCAUCUCACCAGGGACACAGUGGCCCUCAGCAGAUUCAACUGACCAGGGACACGGUGACCCUCAGCAGAUUCAACUCAUUAGGAACACUGGCCCUCUGAGCAGAUUAACCUCAUUGAAAUCAUAAACAUGUGAGCAGAGUCAACAAAUUCGAGACAUGAUGAACCUCUGAGUAGAGUCAACAUAUCAACGACAUUGUGACCCUGAGAGUAGAGUCAACACGUCAGCGACAUUGUGACCCUGUGAGCAGUCAACACGUUACGGAUAUUAGAGCCCUAAAAGCUGGUACUUCUACGACUCCAAAUCUAGUCCGUAGUGUUUAAGACAGUCACAUUAACACGUGUGUAUAAUACGUAAUCCCUCACAAAAACACAAUCAUUGAUGCAUGGGCAACUAUGAUAUCAAACGUCCGUCACUUGGCAGAUGAACAGACAAGUGUUAUAAUAGUAUAUGCUCAGAGGAUACCGAAAGCAAACAAAUUAAGUAUUCUGCUUUCACUUCGCUAUAAGUGGGUGUUCAUAAUUUAUAUUUACAUUAAAUGGUUUAUUACUAACAUAUUUGUUGUAGACAUUUGAUUUCGUAUGUCUGCAUUCACACAUGUGACGGUAUCAUAGUGUAUAAUAAAAUUACAUGUAGAAGUAUCAAA